AUGGACAGUGGUAAUGAAAGUACCACGUCCACAGCAAUGCCUAUAGAGGUGUCGCUGAUUGCCAACGACGAGCUCGUCGACUACGUCAAAAAAGCGACGGCGAUCCAUCUGAACCUCGAUUCUUCGGCUUGCGCUUCGCUUGAGGACGCUCUCGACGCCGCCAGCAAGAACAUCGAUAGUUUUAUUGGCGAUCCUCAAGUUGCCACUUUGGUGAUUGAACGGGUUGUUAUCAGAGGUGAAUAUGGAAGAUGAUUUGAAAAUUUAUAGAAUAGGUAAAAUAGGACUUUCCAAAGGGUUUUUCAGAGAAACUACAUUCAAAUCUCUUUUCUGUCCCUUUUUAGUAUUAGUGAUAAUUUUCUCAGGGGUUUUCAACAUUUCUGACGCUUUUAGCAAGUUUGAGCGACUGUGAUGUGUAAGAGAAGAAUAUAAUUGCAAAUGCAAGUGUUUUCAGACCAAGGUGCCGAAGACAUUGAUGAGAGCGAAACGGGAACUGCAGCCUUCAACGUCCACAACGACGUCUCCUUCGUGCCGGACAGAUGCACUUCCGUCCUCUAUCUGAAGAGGGCCAACGUCGUCGAGGCCGACAAACCCAUCGCCACUCAGAUUAACAGCAUCUUGUCCGUCUUCCCAGUUUCUUUCGAACAAAAGUGUAGCCUUCAGACUUCGUUAGCGAAAAAUAUAGACGUCCUCAAAGCUUUGAGCAGAAUUAUGAUUAGAUUAUUUCUGUGUUUCUGAUCCAAAAAAAAACCCCGUUGAAAGUUUGCCUUUUUAAAAUUUUCAAUAACCACUUUUCCAGUGAUUUUUACGUUUAAAAGUAAAGUAGGUUUCGAAGAAAAAAAGCUGUGAAUAAUGAUUAGAAAAGAGCGGAAAAAGAAUUUUCGUUCAGUUUCAUUGUUACGAUUCGUUCUCUGGCCAUCGUAUUUCCCUGAAUUUACAGGCUGAACGGCGGAAAUCCUUACGAAACGAUGAUAUUGUUGAUUGGGAAGGCGAUCGGGCCUUAUUUCAAAUCGUUUAUCAAAGAAAGUGGCCGAGGCGAACGGGACGGCGAUAAACUCGUACCGGCCGUCGAGAAGAAUUUGAAUGAGGCCGAGGUUCUCGAAGUUCAGUCUCACGAACUAAUUUAAUUUUCAAGGUCGCCUUGAUGCAUCUCCAACAAAACAUCGAUAUCCCGGAAAUUAAUCUGGUCUUCAAUCCUCAUAUUCAAGCGGCCGUUCAGAACGCCAACAAGGAGGGGAGGAAGGCUAAGGUUUCGAUCAUUACGAAAUUAAUGAUCAAAAAUGAAAUUCAGAUCGAUGACCUUGGGGAUUUGGUUGAAGACGCGACGUUUUUGAACGCCCUUCAAGCCGGCUGCAAUCGUUGGGUCAAGGAGAUCCGCAAGGUUUUUGAUAAUGCAGGCAUUUCAUAGUUUAAAAUUGAGUUUUCAGGUCACUUAUCUCGAAAGAGACCCAAGUUCCGGCACUUCUAUUCAAGAAAUGACGUUUUGGCUGAAUUUGGAGCGCGCUCUGCAGAAAAUUUUACAAAAACGCGAAUCAGAGGAGGUGAAUUCAGAGGGGGCACUCAAGGGGUUCUAUCGACCCUUCGAUCAUCACUUUCAGAAACUAAUUGCUCCGUCAGAUCGGAAGAGAAAUUUGAUAAAUUUAAUUUUUUGCAAUAAAAUCCAAAUUUGAAAGCGAAUCAUUCAGAAAUCCCGGAAAUUUUCUAGAAAGUUCAUAAGUUCUAAAGGCAUGUAUUUUCGUAAAACAGCUUGAAAAGGUUCAAUAUUUCAUAUUUCGCAGUGAUUAUAUCAUUAGUUUCGCUAAAAAUUUCCUCUCUUUAUUAGUACGAUAAAAAAAAAGUUUUUUUUUUUGCAGCGACUGGAAAUUUUGUGAAAGAAGAUUAUUUUUUGAAGAAUAGUUUAAGUUUAAAAUCGUACCCUAUUUAAAUAUUUGGUUUGAAAUAAGUGGAAUGAAUGGAAUAACUCGAUGCGGUUUCCUUUUAAUCGAUGCCUUAACUAUAACUUUAUUUUUCAGGUCUCUCUGACCCUGGAAGCGUUGAAAUGCGGAAAGCGGUUCCACGCGACAGUCGGGUUCGACAGCGAUACGGGUCUCAAGCAGAAAAUCGCGAUGGUCGCCGACUACAACACUUUGAUGAAGGAUUUCCCCUUGAAUGAGCUCGUCUCGGCCACCGAUUUGCAGAAGAUCCGCGUCGCUUUGGCCAAUAUUUUCAGUCACAUCAAGAAGUUGAGGUGGGAAUCGAGUGAAAAGAAACUAGUGGAUUCGUAAAAACUGAGGGACACGGAAAAACAGAAGUUGAAAUGAUGAACUUCUGUAGAGGCUUAUUUAGGCAUUUCAAUGAAAACCUCGAAAGGAGAAAAAGUAAGAUUGAAAUAGUGAGCUCAAAAGAUGAACAUUCAAACUUUCAGAGUUUUCUUUCUGAAAAUAAUACUCAGAAUUCAUUGAUCCUCAAUCAAAAGAAAAAAACUAGAUACGUUGAUUUUUUUAUUUAAUAGAAAUUAUAGCUUUUUUUCGCGUUUUUUUGAACUUCUCACAAAGAUUUUGUCAAUCAAGGAAUAAUCAUGAUUUGAUUUGGUUCUGAUUUUUUUGAGCUAUUCCCCGUGCAACCAAUUUGAUAAUCUUUCAAAACAAAAAGAAAAUAUUCAGGUCGACAAAAUAUCCACUGCAACGAGCUUUGCGCUUGGUUGAGGCGAUCUCACGCGACUUGAACACUCAAAUUCUCAAGGUUUGAAGGAAAAAAUGGCAAAGUUUCAUUAUAACUUUCACAGGUGUUGUCUUCGCGCCGACUCAUGCACAUCUCGAUCGUUGAAUUCGACGAGAUUAUGAAUCAAUGCGCGACAUUAUUCAGCAAAUGGGACGAUGAAUACGACAAGUUUGUUUAUUUUGCCGCGUUUAAAGGGAUUUUCGAGAAAAAAUUUUUAAACCCCCAUUUUUACCUCACAGCGCUUCAUACAUUUGCAUUUUUUUUUUCAAAGGCUACCGGCCCAAGUUUUCCUUAAUUAAAGUUAUUACUAUCUCCCUCAGGCUAAAACUUGUUUUAUUGUGGCCGAAACUACCUCCCUGGGGUUGAAACUUCAUUAUAUUACUGACUUUCCAGGAUUUCUUUAUGCCAACCUCUUUUCACUCAAACGUGACGACAUUUUGAACCAAAAAAUUAUUCAUUUUCAUGCUCGAAAACUACUUUGAACGCGAAAUUUGUUUUCAUAAGGACGAAAGAAAUUUAAAAAUAUCUAAUAAUUAAGGUUCAUCACGCUGCUUCGCGAUAUCAACAAGAAAAAGAGAGAUGAUCCGGUGAAGUUGUCAUGGAAAGUGACGCCCGUUCACAAGAAACUCGAGGCGCGGCUCAACCAGAUCAAGCAGUUCAGAAGGUCCCGAGAAGCAGAAUAUCCGCGAUUUAUGAAAAAAAAAAUACACUGACGAAAGAAAAAUAAAGAAUAGUAUGAAAAUGGAUGAGAAAAAGCGGUACAAAGGCGUAGGAACAAGAAGAGGAUUAUGAAAAACGAGUUUCUGAGGGCUUUGAAAAUAUUUUAUUUGACUUUUACGCUUUUCUAUCUUGACUUGAGGUUCUAUAGAGUUGAAAAGAGGAACUUUUGAAGUUUUGAAUGAGAUCUUUAGCUCUGUAGAAGGUUAUUUUUUAUAGAAGGACCUAAUUUAAAAAAAUCUCAUUGUUACUGCUUUUUAUAAGGUCCAGCUUAAGGAAUUUAUACCAAAUUUAUAAAUUCAUUCAUUCAUUCAUUCAUUUUAACGUUUUCUUUUUAUUUUCAGUAUUUUAUUAGAUUCAUUUCAGAAAAGCAUGUUAUCUUUGAACCAGAAAAUUACCAUGUUUUUGCUCAAAGAUUGCUUUUUUAAACGCAGCAUUUUUUUAAAUUUAUUCUUGUUGCAGACAACACGAGCAAUUCCGAACAAUCAUCGCCCGUGUCUUGCGUCCGGUCGGCACCCCGGCCAGGGAACAAGGCGCCGAGACGUCGAUGCCGAGCUCCCAGGGCGACAUCACGCCCGUCAUCCAGGUCGACCUCGCCUACGAGUUCUUCAAAGGCGUCGAUUGCCUCGACGUCGAGAACAGCAUCGCCUGGGACAACGCCUACAGAAAGUCGCGAUAUUGGAAAAUGUCUUCGAAAAAACUUGUUCUGAAUUUAGCUACGAAGAACAGAUUGGCCGUGUGGAGACGGCCAUCACCAGUCGCCUUCGCGAUCAUUUGGAGUCGGCCAGAAACGCCAAAGAGAUGUUCAGCAUCUUCGGGUAAUUAUGAAGAUCGUUAUCAACGGAAUUUUUGACAUGCUGUAACGUCUUGAAACUGAAAAAUAGCGGUUUCAAAGGAAAAAAUGUGAUUUUCAACAGCUUUGAUUGACUAGUUUUAUUGAUAUUUUUGGAAAUUUGAAUCAUGCUGGAACGUCUUGAAGCUGAAAAAUGGCGUUUUGAAAAAAAGUAUUUCCAGCCUUCUUGCUGUUCAAAAUGGUCGCUUUAAAGAUAAAUCCGACAGCGUAAUUUCAGUGGACUUUGAGAAACUUUUACAACUCUUCUACAGAUUUUCUAGAAACUAGGAAGAAGUCUUCACAAGUAGAAUGACCUACAUUUUUCUAACUGGUCUAUAUUUGUUUUUUUUUAGUCGUUUCAAUGCUUUGUUCGUCCGUCCCCACAUUCGAGGAGCCAUUCGUGAGUAUCAAACGCAGCUGAUAGAGCGUGUGAAGGAAGACAUCGACAAGCUUCAAGUUUAUACCCAAAAAGAUCUGACUUUUCACCAGGGGAUCGAGUUCAGGCCAAGUUCACCAAGGGAUAUGCGGAGAACAAGAGCGCCACUCUGACGCCGACUCUGGACAUCCCUCCGCUUUCCGCCAGCAUCAUGUGGAUCCGGCAAAUCGAACGCCAACUUCAGCUCUACAUGAAAAGAGUGGAAGACGUUCUCGGCAAAGGAUGGGAAAACCAUGUCGAAGGUUCAUUUUCUGGCCCAUUUGCGGUGAUCAUCUUCUGAAACGUCCUCUUGACUUCACCAGAAAUAAAAUCUGUACAAGAGCUCCUCCUGAAAAUUUCACUCACAAAUUAAGAGAACGUCUCAUAAAAAGGCGAUCUAAAUAAUUUUCUCCAAAAUGCUCCUACAACCUUUUAUUCAAAAAAAAAAAAAAUUUCAUGAAAAAACUUCCCAAAGAUUUCUCAAAACGUUCUUACAUUUCACUUUUUUCUUUCUUUCCAGGUCGUCAACUGAAACAAGAAGGCGACAAUUUCCGACAGAAGCUCAACACUCAGCCUCUCUUCGACGAAUGGACGUCCGUCAUGCAGGCCAAAAACCUGGGUCUUCCUCCUAAGGUUCGUCGUCUUCUUGAGAGAAAAUAAGAAUGCUUGAACAGUAGGGAUGUUUUUUUCUUAGUUCUUUUCUCGCCAUUUUUUUCCUCUAGCGUGAUAUUUGAAAAAAAGUGGUUUGAACCCCGAUAGAAAAAUCAGAAAAAGAUGUAUUAAAAAAACUAAUGUAAUUUAGUCGGUUAACUGAGAUUUUCCUUUGAAAAAAACACUAAAUUCACAAAUUAUUUCAAAAAAAUCGUAUCAAUCAUGAAAAAUCCAUGAUUUUGCAAUUAGUUUUUUAAUAAAAAUUGAUUUAAUGAUGAAAGUGAAAGUGAAAGUAAAAAAUUGUUUACGAAAUUUUUUUCAUAACUUCACAUUCCCGUUUUUAGAUUUUCUCGAUCGAGAAGAAACAGAAGGACGGGAAGGUCAGCCUGCAGUUGAAGGUCAACUUCAGCUCGGACAGCAUCUCGCUGCACAAGGAAGUCCGCAACCUGAAGAACAUGGGAUAUCGUGUCCCGCUGAAGAUCGUCAACGCGGCCCAUCAAGCCAGCCAAGUGCAUCCCCACGCGAUAUCGCUCAUCGAGUCGGUCAACACCUACCAGCAGAUCAACGCCCGACUCGAGGGCGUCAAGGGCGUCGAGCCUCUUCUCGCAAGCCUACGGAAAGAGAUUCAAUCGCAACUCACCGAAGGAAACACCCUGCCCUGGGAGUCUUACAAAAUGGACUCCUACGUCCUGAAACUUUCUGAAACUGUCUCCAACUACAUGAACCGCUUCGAAGAACUUCUCAACGUCGUCAAAAAAGUCGAAGCCGACCUGGCCGCCCUGGACACGUGCCAAUACUCGGCCGCCACCAUCGGAAGCCUCUUGGCAUCAAUUCAAAAAGGAGCCGACCAACUCGCUCUCGGCAACUACUCCAACCUCCAACAUUGGAUCGAGAAACUCGACAAGGACAUUGAAGCCAAACUGUCUCGAAGAGUCGAAGACGCGCUCCAUCUCUGGGCUUUGGUCUUUUCGGGAAGCGAGGAGGUCGACGAGUACAGGGAGCGGAACAUUUCCCUGCCGCCGGUGCAGCCGAUUUUCCUCGAAAUCCGCUUGAUGGCGCAGACCAUCUACAUCAACCCGAACAUCGAGCAAGCCAGAGCUGGUCUCAUCAAUCAGCUCGUCGAGUGGCAUUCGGUCUGCACCAGUCAGCCGCGCAUCAGUGGCACCAGAUUCCAGGUGCUCUUUUUGGAUAAAUUUAGAAAGAAAAGUGUGAAAUAAAUGUAUAGAACUGAGUUUUUCGAAAUUCGGUCUUCGUUCUUUAUUUUUAAUGUAAAGUCUUCUUUGUUUUUGUAGGAGAUUUUAAUCCUUACUUGGUUUUUGCAAGUUUUAAAUGAAGCUUUCAAACUUCACAAUUUUAUAAUUUCAGCUCGCCAUCAAUCGCGAUCAAGACGUUUCCACCUACAAGGACAUUCUUUGCCAGCUUCCAGGUGGACUGAAAGUACUCGAAAAUGCCUACUCGACCAUCAAUAAGAUCAUGAAAGAGGUGCUCUUCAAAAUCGUCAUCUGAAAUAGAUAUAAUUCUGUUUCAGGUCGAAGAAUACGUCAACGAAUGGCUUCGUUAUCAGGCUCUGUGGGAUUUGCAAGCGGAAGUUUUGUACGAUCGACUCGGAAAUGAUCUGACCAAAUGGAUGAAAACUUUGGUGGAAAUCCGAAAGAGCCGAACUGUUUUCGAUACUCAGGUUUACUGAUUCAAAAGAAUAACUGCGAGGAAAAUGAUUUUGUGGUUUUUUAGGACACCCAGAAGAAAAUCUUUCCAAUUGUGAUUGAUUACGGCCGGGUGCAGUCCAAGAUCACGAUCAAAUACGACUAUUGGCAGAAGGAAGUUCUGCAGAAGUUCGGAGCUGCACUAGGUCCAACGUUAUUCUGAUCUCUUAAGAAAAAAAAGAUUACAUGAACCAAUCCAGGAGGCUGCGGAAAACAAGAUUUUAAAGAUUUUUUUCGAGGCUCUUUUGCGCAAAAUUUUUUUUCUUACAAGCUUGAUAUACCUUUGAACUAUCCAAUUAAAAGUCAUUUUUUAAGAAAAUGUUGAAAAAAAGGCAAGUUUUCAAAAAAGCACUCUGAACGCCUUAAGGUGUUGAGAUGUCGCAUGAUGUUUCGUCGUUUCUCGUAGUCAGAGAGUCAAGAAAUAGCAUGAUACAGAGAAACAUUGUUCAGAGCAGAUCCUUGCCGUUCAGCCUUACCUGUGGUCGACAAGGAGCAUGACGAAACGCCUAAUUUUUUAUAACGACAAUUUCAACACUCUGAAAAACAUAUUUUAUCCAGAUUGCAGAAAGUUAAUCUUAUAUUUUAAAAUGUAUGCUGCCCGGUGAUUCAUACCUGUAGAUUUUUACUCCGAGAAACUUUUUUAUUGUAAAAAGGGUGAAUGUCAUCUAACUCCCAAUGAUUAAAAAAAAACGUAAAAGUUCAGGAGGAGAGAUGCAAUCGUUCUUCACCAAUAUUUCGAAAUGGCGCCAGGAGCUCGAGAAUCAAACUGUGGACGGCGGAUCAACCAGCGACGCUGUUUCGUUGAUCACCUACGUUCAAACGCUGAAAAAACAAACGAAAGUUGGACAGGAAGCGGUGAGAAUAAUGUCUCUUGAUAACUUGUACAUUUUCAUUCGUAAGAAAGUUCAUCUCAUAUGGAAAAUCGGUUUGAAAGCACGAAAUAUAUAAUAAUGGUUUAGGUUGACCAAUUCCGAUCGGCUCAACGCCUUCUGAAUCAGCAGCGCUAUCAAUUCCCGACCCAGUGGCUCUACGCCGAACAUGUUGAAGGAGAAUGGACGGCCUUCAGCGAAAUUCUGAUGAGAAAAGACUCUUCGAUCCAGUCACAGGUCAGGAGAACUGUAGGAAUAGUCAAAUACCAAAAAUAAGCCUCACGAAGUAAACCCUCGGAAAAAAUAACCUUGGCCUUGAGGGAGAAAAAUUUAUUUCGUGUAUAUCAGCUUGUUCUCCUUUUCUUUCGUCGGCAAAGAAUACUUCAUUUUCAGGUGAUGAACCUCCAAACGAAGAUCAAGGAAGAGGACGAGCUGGUCGAGAAGCGAGCCCGCGAGACUUUGUCCGAAUGGGACAAGAGCAAGCCGGUCGAAGGCUCCCAGAGACCCCAGGAAGCUCUUGCCGCCUUGGCCACCUUCGAGGCGAAAAUGAACAAGCUGAGCGAGGAACGCGACAAAAUGCGCAAGGCCAGGAUCGCCCUCGACAUGACGGAAUCCAACUUUUUGCCGUCGGAGAACGACAGCCUCGCCGUGGCCACCGAAGAGCUGGCCGAUCUGAAGGACGUCUGGCAGGCCCUCCAGCCCGUCUACUCCGGCAUCGACGAGAUCAAGGAUAAGACGUGGCUGUCGGUUCAGCCGCGCAAGAUCCGACAGUCCUUGGAUGAGCUCAUGAACCAGCUGAAACAUCUGCCCGUCAAAUGCCGCACCUAUAAGAGCUACGAGCACGCCAAGCAGAUGAUGCACAACUACAGCAAGGUUCUUGGCACUUUUACGUGAGAUAAAGCGACUUUGUGAGCAGUUUUAUCAGUACUUUUGCAUUUAUUUUUUCAGUAGCACUUUUUGGAGAUGCUUAUGUAAAACCUAGAUGAAAAGGGAUAUUCAAUUGACGUUGAUUGCUUUUCCUUCGGAUUUCAAAUGACUUAACUUCUAAACGUUCAGGUGCACCUACAUUGAAUAAUUAGCACCAGUGAAUCACAAAUUUCUCAAGAUGUGGGAAUAUCAGAAUUCUAAUGACCAUAGACUGCGACUAUCUCACAUAAUCCUUAUUCGAAAAACAAACUUUAUAUAAUAAAAACUGUAUCAGAUGAACAUGCUGGUGUCGGAACUCAAAUCGGAUGCGUUGAAAGAACGGCAUUGGGAGCGGAUGAUGAAGGAACUGCGCGUCACUUGGAAUCUCAAUGAACUAACUUUAGGACAGGUAUUGUUUCUCCUGUCCAUUUCUCCUAGUUUACGACGAAGAGAGCUAGAAAAUCGAACGAAAAUAACAUCAUAAUUUGAAAAAGCUGAAUGAAAUCGACCCGAGAACAUUUUGUGAUAGGGAAAAGGCGGUUCACUUUGAAGCCCGCCUUGAAAAAAUUCAAAAAGUAACUCGAAAAAAUGAUUAUCUGCUCAUUAGGACAACAAGUCCUCUCUCUUCAUUGAAUUGAGUUUAUAACCAGGAAAAUUCAAGUUUUUUAGAAAUUUUCAGGACUCUUACGAUUCCUUCAUUUCCUUAUGAAUGUCCAUAAUUUGAAAAAUCGAGAUCAAAAAUUUUUGUCUAUUCAUUUCAUUUGUUCAGCAAAUAUUGUCCUUUACAAGUCCUACGACUCUCUUUGCAAAAUUUCUUCUUAUUUAGAUUUUUUUUUUCCAGGUCUGGGACGCUGACAUUCAACGCUAUGAGAAGGUCAUCAAAGAAAUUCUGCUGAUGGCGCAGGGAGAAAUGGCUCUCCAAGAGUUCCUCAAACAAGUUUGCUCCAAUCAGAAUAACUAUAACUUCUCUGAAAUUUAAGGUCCGCGAAUUCUGGCAGAACUAUGAAAUCGAGCUGGUCAUCUACCAGAACAAGACGCGGUUGAUCAAAGGCUGGGACGAGCUUUUCAACAAGCUGAAGGAGCACCAGAACUCGUUGGCCGCCAUGAAACUCUCGCCCUACUACAAGCAGUUCGAGGAGGAAGCCUCCUCGUGGGAAGAGAAGCUCAAUCGGAUCAGCGCCCUCUUUGACGUCUGGAUCGACGUCCAGCGCCGUUGGGUCUACCUGGAAGGACUUUUCGCCGGAUCCGCCGACAUCGCCACUCUCCUUCCCUUCGAGAGCUCUCGCUUCGCCAGCAUCUCCUCUGAAUUCCUCGCCCUCAUGAAAAAAGUCACGGCUUCGCCGAGAAUCCUCGACGUCGUCCACAUGCAAGGCGCCCAGCGACUUUUGGAAAGACUAGCCGACAUGUUGGCCAAGAUCCAGAAGGCCUUGGGAGAGUACCUGGAGAGAGAACGGUCGUCCUUCCCGAGGUAAGUUGUGUCUAUUGAUGACUCGAGAAUGCGCAAGGGGCACUGACUGGGUUUUCAGUUAGCAUCGAUUUUUUGAAAACUUCUUGAAAAUUUUCAGUUCUCUCAUAAGAAAGCAAAGUGAGGAGUUUGAAAAAUGAAUUUAAUUCUGCUGUUAUUUUCCAAAACUUGAUAAUGUCUGAUUUCGGUCUCACUUUUGCGCAUCUACAUCCCAAGCUGGAACAAUCGAAGAUAAUCUCUGAAAUUAAUUUGAGGAUUUAGGUUCUACUUUGUCGGUGAUGAAGAUCUGCUCGAAAUCAUGGGCAACAGCAAGGAUAUCUCACGAAUCCAGAAGCAUUUGAAGAAGAUGUUUGCGGGAAUCACGGCAAUCGAUGUUGGCGAAGAGGAUAAGAUGGUAGGGUUCAGAUAAAAUUUAGAAGAAUUUUCUAAAGGCAUAAAACAGUUCCUUUUUGGAAGUAGCAUUUUUGACAAUCUUUCAAUAAGUUUGACUCCAUAAUGGGCAAGCUUGAGCCAUUUUGGGUCUUUGUAAAUAGCUUUUUUCAGCUGUUACGCGUUUAGCCUUUUCAAGGGCUGCGAAUCAAGGCGGCUUCUCAUCAAUACUUCUGAUUUCCAUGAAUUGAUAUCUAUGAGCAUGUUUCAGAUAACCGCUCUUCACAGCCGAGAAGGCGAAAAUGUGAAGUUGGUUCGGCCUGUUCCUAUCAAAGACGUCCGGAUCAACGAUUGGUUGAAGGCUCUCGAAAACGAGAUGAAGAACACCUUGUCCAAGUAAAAUUCACCAAAAUAUUGUAAAUUUUUUUUUAAAUUCUUAGGCUCUUAUCGAAUUCUCUUGCCCACUUUGCCAAGCUGGACAUUGAUACGGUGGAGCCUGACGCCUACAUGCAAUGGCUCGACGGUUUUCCGGUAGAAAAUUGAUCAAAGUUCUUAUUUUUCUGUACCUUUGAGUUUUUCAGGCCCAAGUCAUUGGUCUGACGGCUGAGAUUUGGUGGAACAACGAGAUGGAAACGGCCUUUGCUAGCGAAAAGUUGCCUGAAGUCGUGGAAUCGUCGGUUUCGAAGACGUUGGCCUUGUUGGCAGACUCGGUUCUCCGGGAACAGCCGCCGAUCAGGAGAAAGAAGAUCGAAGCCUUGGUGCGGGGUCCAUUUGAAAAAAAGAAAUGAAUAAAAUACAAGGAAAAUCACAGCAAGGAAGAAUCCUCGUGUAAAUGAAUUCAAUUCAAAAGAAAAUCCAUAAACGAAAGGGAAAAAACCCUUUUGUAGCUCGCUGGAAUUUUCAAUUCACAGCUUGUGGUAUUCUAGUAGAAUUCUCAUGAUUCUUAUACCAAACAACACUUUUUCCUAGCUCUGCGUCUUCGAAACGGUAAAAGUUUCUAAAAUCUUCUAAUUUACGAAUGUGUCAGAGACUCUAAAGUUUGAAAAACACAGGAAAGUUCAUCAUUAGAAAUUUUAAGCCACAGAGUAGAAUUGCAUAGAAAAAUAGCAAACGAUUUUCAAAUAUUAUUAUAAGAAGACAUCCUUUUCAUUCUACACAAAGUUUCAUGGCAAAGUGAUCUUUCGAAUGUUUCAGAUCACGGAACUGGUCCACAAAAGGGACACUUGCCGUCGUCUGACGGCUCAGAACGUGAGAAGCGCCACCGACUUCGGCUGGCUCCAGUGCAUGCGCUUCUAUUUUGAUCCCAACCAGGUCUUUUAGACGCUCCAAAAAGCCUUUUCCAACAAAUGAAGUUCAGACGGACCCGGUGCGACGUUGUCUCGUGAAAAUGGCGAACGCUCAAUUCUUCUACGGAUUUGAGUACCUGGGAAUCCAGGAACGUCUUGUCAGAACUCCACUCACGGAUCGCUGUUUCUUGACCAUGACCCAGGCUCUUCACUCUCGGUAGAACUGGAUCCCGAACGAAUUUUUGUUUAACACACGUUCUCCGAGAUUUUCGAAUAACCGUUGGUACAAAAAUUUCAUCUUGGUUCAUGAGAGCUCUUCUUGCUAUCAUAGAUAGUGAACAACCUCUUGAAUAUUUAGAACCAGGUUUUAUUAGGCUCCGCCCACUUUCAGGCUUACUGUAGAAAAAACACCGUAAAAACCAAACUUUUUUCCUAGUGGAGCAAAUCGGUCCAAACCAAUUUUAAAACAAAAUAUGUUCCCAUAUGAACAUUUAUAGUUGUAGAACUGAUCUGGAAAAAAUUUUCUUUCAAAAGAAAAAAAUUAAAGUUUUUUGAAAAAUGACGAUUUUCGCAGUCUUUGAGCCAUAACUAGUACUAGAACCCCCGAAUGCCUGGAUUUUUAUUUUUUCAAUCGACGCGUUAGGGUCUUGUGAGUAGAGGAAAAAUGUCUAGAAGCUCUGAAUCCGGGUGAUCCAGUUGACCUCUAUCUCGGAGAACGCGGCCAACUUGAAAAUGACUAAAUUUUUAAAAAUCAGUUACUUUCUUGAGAGCAGGAUUUUCCCUCAAUUCUUUUCGCCAAUCAGACACAGUCCACUCAACACAAAAUGGGAACAAAAAGUUAUGGCUCUCAAGCAUGACGAAAUUUUUUUUUUCCAAUUUUUCCCUUUUUCGGAUUCAUUUUUUUUUUCUGUCUUUUCCAAGUAUUGAGCUCUACUGGAUUAGGAUACCAGGAAUGCUCCGAGUUUUUUCGUCGUACUGAUCCGCUACAUCUUCUCAAGUUCUUUAAAAAUAUUCCCAAGCUCUGUUUCCGGGUGAUCCAGUUGACCUCCAAGCAACCGAAGCGGUCGACCUCGAAAUCGGGCGAAAUUAAAAAAAUUUUCCAAACCGUUUUUUUACUUCCUAACCAGUAGUCCUCAUUAUCUGGAGGGUUUUCAGUGAACUUUCUAAAUUUUAUAAUAGGAAAAAAUUCAAAAAACGCGCUUUUACUCGAGUAAAUUUGUUCACAAGGAAAGGCAUUUUACUGUGUGGUUAAGAAUCCUUAGAAAAUUGCCAGAAUACUCAUUGAUGUACGAGAAAAAUAUCCUGAAUGUUUUAACCUGAACGCCUUGCAGGAUCUCUAUCUGGUACAUUUAGGUGUAUCCUGGCUGACUUACAGGAAUUUCUCAACCGCAAAGUGAAAUCAACUUCCUUGUAAAAAACAACCAGUCUCGAAAAAGAAAAGUCUACUUUCUGCUUUUUAUUUUUUGAUAGGGGAUAUAAACGUCUACUUUUUCGCUUUCUCAAUUUUUUUCUAAAAAAAGUCGACCGGUUUUCAACUUAAUUUUCUAUUCACCUAAUGAAAAAUUUUUUUAAAUUUAGAUUCUUUUUCGAUUGAAAUAGUUUUGUCUUUUUUUCUGUAUGAGAAAAUUUGUUCAACCUCGAAAAUAGGAAAACAUAAACAUUUUUUUUCCGUGCAAAAUCCAAAAAAAUUAUUCAUUUUGAAAAAGCUCAAAAAAAGUCAAACAAUUGAUAUCGACAAACAAGAUUCUUACUUUUCACAAAAUAGUAUUCACUAUUUUUCGUAAGUAGUGGCUUUACGUAAGUUAGAACUUUUUUUAGGCGAAAAACCAGGGAAUUCCAGAUUAUUCGACAAACGCCCCGUCAAAAAUUUGAAAAAAUUCUGACAAAAAUUUAAAAAACCAAAAAAUGAAGCAAUUGGUGGAAACUACACUGAAAAACCCUCCAGAUAAUGAGGACUACUGGUUAGGAAGUAAAAAAACGGUUUGGAAAAAUUUUUUUAAUUUCGCCCGAUUUCGAGGUCGACCGCUUCGGUUGCUUGAGGUCAACUGGAUCACCCGGAAACAGAGCUUGGGAAUAUUUUUAAAGAACUUGAGAAGAUGUAGCGGAUCAGUACGACGAAAAAACUCGGAGCAUUCCUGGUAUCCUAAUCCAGUAGAGCUCAAUACUUGGAAAAAAGACAGAAAAAAAUGAAUCCGAAAAAAAGGGAAAAAAAUUGGAAAAAUUUCGUCAUGCUUGAGAGCCAUAACUUUUUUGUUCCCAUUUUGUGUUGAGUGGACUGUGUCUGAUUGGCAAAAAGAAUUGAGGGAAAAUCCUGCUCUCAAGAAAGUAACUGAUUUUUAAAAAUUUAGUCAUUUUCAAGUUGGCCGCGUUCUCCGAGAUAGAGGUCAACUGGAUCACCCGGAUUCAGAGCUUCUAGACAUUUUUCCUCUACUCACAAGACCCUAACGCGUCGAUUGAAAAAAUAAAAAUCCAGGCAUUCGGGGGCUCUAGUACUAGUUAGAGCGGAAAGUUUGAAAAUGCCGAAAAAACGAAAAAUUAGAAAAACGUCAGAAAUUUUUUUUCAAAGGUUUGCAGCUCACUACUUUUGAGCUGUAAUUUUGCAGCAAGCUGUGUUAUGUUGAACAAAAAAAAGAAACAAGACAGAAUCCGGCUAUCACAAAAAAUAGAAAUUUUUAAAGGUUCUGAGAUUUUCAAGUUGGCCGCGUUCUCCGAGAUGGAGGUCAACUGGAUCACCCGGAUUCAAAGUUUCUAGGCAUUUUUCCUCUACUCACAAGACCCUAAUGCGUCGAUUGAAAAAAUAAAAAUCCAGGCAUUCGGGGGUUCUAGUACUAGUUAUGGCUCAAAGACUGCGAAAAAUCGUCAUUUUUUUCAAAAAAACUUUAAUUUUUUUUCUUUUUGAAAGAAAAAUUUUUUUCCAGAUCAGUUCUACAACUAUAAAUGUUCAUAUGGGAACAUAUUUUGUUUUUAAAAUUGGUUUUGGACCGAUUUGCUCCACUAGGAAAAAAGUUUGGUUUUUACGGUGUUUUUUCUACAGUAAGCCUGAAAGUGGGCGGAGCCUAAUAAAACCUGGUUCUAAAUAUUCAAGAGGUUGUUCACUAUCUAUGAUAGCAAGAAGAGCUCUCAUGAACCAAGAUGAAAUUUUUGUACCAAAGUGUUUCGCAUUUGCUCGAUUUUCUGGGAGAAUGCGUGUUAAACGAUGCUUUCAGUCUCGGAGGAUCGCCCUUCGGACCUGCCGGUACUGGUAAGACUGAGUCGGUGAAAGCCCUCGGCCAUCAACUCGGACGCUUCGUCUUGGUCUUCAACUGUGAUGAGACUUUCGAUUUCCAGGUGAAAAGAAAAAGAAAAAUCGCUACAAAACCCUCUUCUGAAGUAAAAAUUUUUAAAUUAAGAGAUAGAGAAAGUUUAACUUUCAGGAGCAUUUUGGAAAGGUAUAAGCCGAUUUUUUUUUUCAAACUUUUUAUUGCGGAAAAUCUGGAAAUUAAAAAAAAUAGAAUCAACUUUAUUAAUCAGGUCCACAUUUUUACGACUUGCCUGGCUUUGAGCCUUUCUUUUUAAAUCAACUGGUAUCGUUUUCGAUGAUGCAAGCUAAAUUUGAGUUUUAUUCCCGAAAAAAAAAAGUUCUUCAGGCUAUGGGCCGAAUCCUCGUCGGUCUGUGCCAAGUCGGCGCCUGGGGAUGUUUCGACGAGUUCAAUCGUCUCGAAGAAAGAAUGCUGUCGGCAGUUUCUCAACAGAUUCAGACGAUCCAGGUGCUUCAUAAAAAAAGAAAAUGAAUAUGAUAUCUUUGAUCUUCGUCAUAUUUUUUGAUUGCUUUACUGCCAAUGAAAAAAGUCACCUAGACGUUUAGGAAGCCGUCCGAGCUGGCGGAGACAUGUCUGUAGAUUUGGUUGGGAAGCGACUGAAUGUCAACGCCAACAUCGGAAUCUUCAUCACGAUGAAUCCUGGCUACUCGGGACGUUCGAACCUUCCCGACAACUUGAAGCAGUUGUUCCGAAGCUUGGCCAUGACUCAGCCCGACCGGCAGCUUAUCGCUCAGGUAUGAGCUGUAAAUAUUGAAAAAAAAAUCCCGAAAAAAUUAAUGGCUUUAGUUUCUUAUUUUUUUUUCUUCCAGGUCAUGCUCUUCUCCCAAGGAUUCCGAACCGCCGAAGUUCUGGCCAACAAGAUUGUGCCGCUUUUCAUGUUUGUUACCGUUUUCCCCCCGAAACUGACGAUUGAACCUGUUUAGCCUGUGCAAAGAGCAACUUUCCGCACAAUGUCACUACGAUUUCGGACUUCGUGCCUUGAAAUACGUCCUCGUGUCGGCUGGUAACAUCAAACGCGACAAAUUGGACAAAUUGGGCUCGGCCGCUCUGGAAGACGUUGCUGAACAGCAGGUCAAUGAAGCCGAUAGAUUUCGAGACUUUCGCGAAGUUUUCAAACUCUCUAGAAAUUUUCAGAAUAUGAGUUCUGCGGAAUUUAUGAUCAUUCCGUUAAUGAUGAAAAUCCUUGACAGACUGUUUUACUUUAGUUUUUCGAAUUUGCUACUUUUCAUAGGAUUAGAUUUUAAGCUUUUUCACACUUACUGACGUUCCAGAUGUUGAUCCAAUCAGUCUGCGAAACUUUGGUUCCAAAGUUGGUCAGCGAGGAUAUCGCCCUGCUUUUCUCGCUCCUUUCCGACGUUUUCCCAUCGAUCCACUACACUCCCAACCAGAUGACUGAGUAAUACUCUUCCGACUCCGACUGUAAUGAACUGAAUCCAUGUCUCAGGUUGCGCCAGCACCUGGCCAAGGUGUGCGAUGAGCAACUUCUCGUUCACUCGGACACAUCUGGAGAACUCGGUGCUCUUUGGCUCGACAAAGUACUGCAGCUCUACCAAAUCACCAACCUCAACCAUGGCCUGAUGCUCGUCGGAGCCAGCGGAUGUGGAAAAACGAUGGCCUGGAAAGUUCUUCUCAAGGUGGGAGCAGGAACAGAAAAUGAGCUGACAUGGGAGCUCAUUUUAGCGUAGGGUUCAGAAUUUUUUAUAAAUUUGCUCAAACAAUCUUUGAUGGACUGGAAAUCGAUCCCCCACAGUCGCUACCUGCACAAACUUUUUGUUUUGGAGAUAUGAUUUUUCAAAGUUUUUAUCUUUAACCAUGUGACGCCGUUUGGAAGGAAUGUGGCCGCGCCACCAACCCCUUCAUGGCAGCUAGGAGCGUGGUGCAGUGGCUAGCGUGUUAGCUUGCGGAGCCUAUGAUGAAGGUUCGAAUCCUUUUGCCGCUAACUUUUUUUUGCCAUUAUUUUUUUAGGAAUUCUGAUGAGAAUAUUGAAAUUUCAUGAGUAAAACCUUUCCAAAAAAGUCCAAUAGCUAAUUUCUUUCUAAAAAUCGCUUUUUUUGAUUGACAAAAAUUAUGAGAAAUUUCUGAAGUUGUGGCAGACUUCACAUCAUCAGAGACUAUUUUUUGAAAAUCAGCAGGAAAUGUUUCAGAAAAGCGCUGAACCUUCAUCAAAGAUCUUCGCAUGUCUUGGUUGUGAUAAAUGACAGUGGCUUUUCAAUAUGUCAAUAGCCAAUUCUAGCCUUAUUUCUGCAGAAACAUUUUUACAGAAUAUGAAAACUUACCCGUCAUCCGAGUUUUAUUGAAAAAAAAAAAUUCCAAACGCCAUUUCCAUCCUAAUCCAGAUGUUUUUUUUUUCAAAUUUUCAGAAAAAUCCAUAAAGAUCUUGAGCAAAAAAUUUUUGGGAAAAAUUCUUUGAAAAAUAAUGGCAAAAAAAAGUUAGCGGCAAAAGGAUUCGAGCCUUCAUCAUAGGCUCCGCAAGCUAACACGCUAGCCACUGCACCACGCUCCUAGCUGCCAUGAAGGGGUUGGUGGCGCGGCCACAUUCCUUCCAAACGGCCUCACAUGGUUAAAGAUAAAAAAACUUUGAAAAAAAUCAUAUCUCCAAAAAAAGUUUGUGCAGGUAGCGACUAUGGGGGAUCGAUUUCCAGUCCAUCAAAGAUUGUUUGAGCAAAUUUAUAAAAAAUUCUGAACCCUACGCUAAAAUGACCUCCCAUGUGAGGUCAUGAAAAAAACUUUGAAUCAAGUCCAGUUUAAAUUUCGUUAAACCAUGAUAGUUUGAAUCAUAAUUUUAACGGAAAGUAAGUUCUCAAACUCGCAAAAAAAAUGUUUUUCUUGUUUUUUUAAAAAUUUGAGUAGAGAAACGAUUUAGACUAAUUGCUCAGAGUACAAAAAAAAAAUGUUAUCUUUAUUUUAUUUAAAUUCAAAGCUUUCUGAAUCACGGGGAUUAUAAGGGCCCCAGAAACCUCAGAGACUGAAAUUUUAAAUCUGAGCUCAAAUCUUGGCAUAUCUUACUAUGGGAAUUUUUUUUAUUUUGAAAAUGGACGAUAAUAAACGAAAAGCGGCUUGUUCUAUAAAGUUGUAGCCCUUGUUGGAAUCUAUGAUUACACUCAUUUUUCAAGGCUUUGGAGCGAUGGGAAAAGACGGAAGGCGUUGCUCAUGUCAUCGACGCAAAGGCGAUGAGCAAAGACGCCUUGUAUGGUGUUAUGGACCCGAACACGCGUGAAUGGACCGACGGACUCUUCACAUCGGUUAUUCGCAGGUUUCUCGAAAAAUAAGGAAGAAAAAUACAAUAUUCUUGAAGAAUCAUCGACAAUGUCCGUGGCGAGAGCGAACUACGGCAGUGGAUCAUCUUCGACGGCGACGUCGAUCCGGAAUGGGUCGAGAACUUGAACUCGGUCCUCGACGACAACAAGCUUCUGACCCUGCCGAAUGGAGAGCGCUUGGCGAUCCCGCCGAAUGUCCGCAUCAUCUUUGAGGUGCUGGAACUUCCAAGGAGUAGUAUGACCCGAUCAGAAAGGCCGAUGUAGAGGCGGAGAAGAUUUCGGUAUUAAAAUUGCAAAAAUUUGCGCAGGUGAUUGUAGUAUGCAAUAGACCCUCAAGAAAGUAUUCAAACGUUUCAAAAUCUCGCGGAAUCGGAUCCACACGUUCAGAAAAUAGAAAAUCUUCUUUUUUUUUAGGUAUCCGACUUGAAGUAUGCUACUUUGGCUACCGUAUCUCGAUGCGGUAUGGUCUGGUUCAGCGAGGAAGUAUGUUCAACAAGAGAGGACCAAAAUUUUCGUUCUUAUUCUCUUUAGGUUGUCACAUCGGAAAUGCUGUUCGAGCGGUACCUCAAGUUGCUCCGAAGCGUUUCUCUCGACAGCGACGCCGUUCUUCUCUCUUCGGCGCCUCUGAACAUUUUUGCUGACGACGCCGCGCCGACUCGUGCCAUCGCAAUCCAACGUGUCGCCAACUCGGUUCUUCAGCCGAAUUUCGCCCCGGGUUUAGUUUGGAUCCGUCUUGAAAUAGUUGAGGAGGAGAGAAUUGGUGAAAUGAGAGCAUGAUAACCGAAAAAUAGAGUAAAAGCUCUAAAUUGCGCUGGCUCCAUUUAGAACCACUUCUUAAGAAUAUUUGAAAAAAAUAUAUUAAGAUAAAUGUACACUAUUUUUUUUCUUAAGUAACGAAUCAACACCCCUUCUUCCAUUGUGAGAAUUUUCAAAAUCGCAUUUUUGUGACCUUCAAGAGAUUUGGAGCACUUAAGAUUCCACGCCGAACAUGUAAAUCGUGAUGUAAAUAAAUUUCUGCCCAAGUUAACUUUAUUUUAAAUAAAUUAUCAUCAAUCUUUUUUAUUUCUAGAUGGCCUCGUCCCAGCUGCGUUGAAGUUCGCGAUCGCUGAACUCGACCACAUCAUGGUUCCGACCUCCCAACGACUUCUUUCCUCGUUCUUCGCCAUGAUGAGCUACUCGAUCCGGUGCAUGAUUCAACACGACGCCGGUCUUCUUGACGAUACUGUUUCUGUAUGUUUUUGUUUAAUUUUCUUCGGAGAGUAUGUCGUAAUGAAACAAACGUUUUGAGAAUAAGUUUAUAGAUUUUUGAGAGGUUUUUUUUUUUCUUGUAAAGCCUUGACAUUUUACGAGUUAAUACAAGGACAAAAUCCAUGUUUAGAUUUUUUUUUUUACCGGUUUAGGCCGAUCAUGUUUCCUAUGUAAAAUCUGUUUCUUGAGAUAUGGAUUUUCAUGAUUUUCGCAUUGAGCGCUUGUGGUCUUCAGCUAGAGUUUCAAAAAUCCAUAAGCGGACAACUAAUAGAUGACACAGGUAGAACCUGUUAAGAUAAUUUAACUGGACCUCAGUAAUUCAGAAUGAAAUCGCGAUUUUCUUCGUGAAUAACGAUCUUCCAUUCAGGAAGAGGAAAUCGUCAACUACGUGCUCCGGUCGAUGCUCACCAACCUCGUCUGGGCCUUCAGUGGAGACGGAAAAUGGAAGAGUCGUCAGCAAAUGAGCGACUUCACCAGAAACUCGACCACCAUCACCUUGCCUCCCAACCAACAGGUUUUAAAGCUCAUAAAAUUCUUCACGAAACCGUAUAUUUCAGGCUUGCCUCAUUGACUUCGAAGUGCAGAUGAACGGCGAGUGGCAGCCGUGGCUCUCGAAAGUUCCUUCCAUUGAGAUUGAAUGUGAUUUAUUUUUUCGACGCUUUUUUCUGUGUUUUAAUUGGUUCUUCUUAAAAUAUCUAUAGGACAAGAGGCUCUAAAAAAUUGAAAAAAAAAACGUUUUUUGGUUCAAAAAAGUUAUUAUGCGUCGAGAACACUCUAAAAAUAAUAACUAACUUGAAAAACUUCCUGAUUUUUAAGUGCAAUUUGCGAAAACAAGCACCACAUUCAACAUUUGUAUAGUCCCAUAAUUUUUUGGCGUAAGAUUAUUUUUUCCUGAUUUUUUUGAGCUAACCGAAGUCGUUUAGCGCAGGAUCUGUUCUGAAUAAUUUUUUGAUUUUUCAGUGCUCUUAAUAAUCUCAAAUUGCAGCUCAUCGCGUGGCUGCUGCUGACCUCGUUGUCCCCACCGUCGACACAGUGAGACAUGAAAUGCUCCUCGCCGCUUGGCUCUCCGAACACAAGCCCCUGGUCCUCUGCGGACCUCCCGGUUCUGGAAAGACCAUGACACUUUUGGCUGCACUGAGGUCUCAGCAGGAUAUGGACGUCGUCAACGUCAACUUCUCCUCGUCGACCACUCCGGAGCUCCUCAUGCGCACCUUCGAUCACUACUGCGAAUAUCGGUUCACUUUUCAACUCUUUCUGAAGCUGUUUCCCGAAAAAAUUCUAUCUUCGUUGUGCUUCUGAAUGGUUCUUGUUAAAUUGAUAUUCGUUGUUCAAACUUUCUGAGGGAGAAAACCUAGGACCUCUCAAAGUCAUCAGGGUAGAAAGUUACGGUCUGCGACUUUGAAAAAAGAACUAAGUUUGAAAAAAGAAUCGAAUUCCUUACUGAAGGGCGGGAUGUUCGCUUGAGCUACGAUGAACUGUUUUUGAACUCAAAUAUUGUCGCAAGAGCCUAAAAAUUUGCUGACCACUCGUAGUCGAAAGAAUCUCUAUCUGCUACCCAAUAUGAGCUCAAUCAUAGUGUAUUUUUGCUAGUUCUCGCAUAGAUUCAGAAUCUUCUUCUAACCUGCAUGUAAUAGUUUUUUUUUAACUUCUCACUUAAACCGCUACUCCCUCAACUAAACAAGUUACGAUUCCAGCCGCACGCCGAAUGGAGUCGUCCUGGCGCCGGUCCAAAUGUCGCGUUGGUUGGUGAUCUUCUGCGAUGAGAUCAACUUGCCGUCGCCGGAUAAGUACGGAACUCAGCGGGUCAUCAGCUUCCUCCGGCAGCUUGUCGAAUUGGUUCGAACUUGUUCUUAACUACUUAUUAGCGUCUAGGAAAGUUUAGCCUGCGAAAAGGAACAACCAAUAGUUCAGAAAAUCAUCCUGUAUAGGGCGCCUUUUUUCUUGAACUUCCCCUGAAUUUUUUCUAGGAUGACUCAAGCCGUAGUUAUGAGUUUUUAUGACCUUCUCGUCAUGUUUCAGAAUGGCUUCUACCGUUCCUCCGACCACAGCUGGGUUUCGCUCGAGCGUAUCCAGUUUGUCGGCGCUUGCAACCCGCCGACGGAUCCGGGCCGUCAUCCGAUGAGCCUCCGGUUCUUGAGACACGUCCCCGUCGUCUAUGUCGACUAUCCCGGCCAGACGUCCCUCAUUCAGAUCUACGGCACUUUCAAUAGGUUUGCAAUCAAUUAGGAUAAGAAAUUAAACUAAGGUUUCUUUUUUUUUUAUUAAAACAGCGUUUCAAUUCAGAUUGUCAGGCUUGAACAGAUUUGAAACAGCGUUUGAAAGAAUUUAAAAAGAACUGUUCUGUCUCUGACAGAGGUUUAUCUUCUAGGAAUAAAAUAAUAAGACACUGAGUAUUCAAACAAAUCGGCUGGUUUUCAAAUAAUUUAAAAUAUAUCAAUUUCCAGAGCCAUGCUGAAGAUGACGCCGAGUGUGGGCUCUCUCGCUGAUGCGUUGACCAACGCGAUGGUCGACGUCUACCUGGCCAGCCAGGAGCACUUCACCCAAGACGAACAGCCCCACUACGUCUACUCGCCGAGAGAACUGACGCGCUGGGUCCGAGGAAUCAGCGAAGCGAUCGCUCCACUGGAUUCGAUCAACGCCGAGCAGCUGGUCCGCCUCUGGGCCCACGAAGCCCUCCGCCUGUUCCAAGAUCGACUCGUCACCGACGAGGAGCGCGCCUGGACCGACUCUCUCGUUGACUCCACCGCCGAUAAGUAUUUUGGCAACGCCUGCCGUAUCGACGACGCCCUCAAAAGACCUCUUCUCUACUCUUGCUGGUUGUCCAAGAACUACGUCCCCGUGUCCCGUGAAGAGCUCAAAGACUACGUCUCCGCCCGACUCAAAGGCUUCUACGAAGAGGAGCUCGACGUUCAACUCGUGCUCUUCGAUCAGAUGCUCGACCAUGUUCUCCGCAUCGAUCGAAUCUAUCGGCAGUCUCAGGGACACUUGCUGCUGAUUGGAACGGCCGGAGCCGGAAAAACGACCUUGUCAAGAUUCGUCGCCUGGUUGAACGGCCUCAGUGUCUUCCAGGUGCCUUUCGAAAGUUUAGAACAAAAAUAAGAGGGUAAAGGGUCUACAAAUAAGUUCUGCGCUUUUAUAAUUCAAUCCAAUGAUUUUGAAACGAAAGUCGUUUAUUAAAGCCAUUUUCGUAUAAACAUCACGAAAAAAAAUUAGAUAAAAAUGUGAAAAUUUUAAAUGAAGCAUGAACUCAUUCUUUUUCAGCUAAAAGUCCACUCGAAAUACUCUGCGGCUGACUUUGAUGAAGACAUGCGAGCUGUUUUGAGAAGAGCAGGUUGCCGAAACGAAAAACUGUGCUUCAUCAUGGACGAAUCGAACAUGCUGGACACUGGUUUCUUGGAAAGGCUCAAUACCCUUCUUGCCAACGGAGAGGUCGCCUUGGAAUGGACGAAGACCAGAAGAAAACGAUCGAAUUUUCCAGGUUCCCGGUCUGUUCGAAGGCGACGAACACACGACGUUGAUGACUCAAAUCAAGGAAGGCGCUCAACGGCAGGGACUCAUGUUGGACAGCCACGAUGAGCUCUACAAGUGGUUCACGACUCAGGUAAUUUUAGGCCUAGAAAGAGAAAAGAGGAGGGCGAGCCCAUAGAGAAAGCUUAUCUUGGGAAAAUGGAGCACAAAAAAUCAGAAAAAAUAACUUUCAAUUUAAAAAAAAGAGAUACAUUGCAUAAUUUAGUUUCUUCACUGAGUGAUCGAAAAAAAGAUUGGGAUCCUGAAAAAAGAUUUGAAAUUUUAAAUGGACUUUGAACUUCGUUAGGGCGCCUCUCAAUAGCUCCGUCUAAAAAUUCUAAAGCAAAAAAACUUAUUCAGGUGAUGCGAAACCUUCACGUCGUCUUCACGAUGAAUCCAUCGGGAAGCGGCCUCAGAGAACGCGCUUCAACAUCCCCCGCCUUGUUCAACCGUUGCGUGUUGAAUUGGUUCGGUGACUGGUCCGACAAUGCCCUCUACCAGGUAGGAUGUUGUCCAUCACUUUUGUUAGGAUCAGUAGUUACAGAAAUCACAAAAAGAUUUUACUGAAUGCUGUAGAAAAAACUGCAAGAAGAGAAAAGAAAAGGGCGAUUUUUUCAGGUCGGCUCGGAACUGACAAAGACGGUGGACAUGGAAAGGACCGACUACGAGGCGCCGCUUGCCCUGCCGCCGUCCUGCGAACUUCUGCCCUCAUCUCCAACCUACCGCGACGCCAUCACCAACACCUUCGUCCACGUCCACAAGACGGUCAAGAAACUCAACGAUUCGGAGCAGAAGAAGGGCCACCGCGUGAUGGCCGUCACGCCACGGCAUUUCCUCGACUUCAUCAAGCAGUUCAUCAACGUCUUCCACGAGAAACGGCGCGAUCUGGAGGAGGAGAAGGUCUCCAGGAUUGUUCCUGACACUUUCGGAAUUUAUUGUAGAAAUACUCUCUUCAGUAUGAAAAAAGCCGCUGAAAGCAAUGGCCCAUUUUCCUUUCUUACAGAAAAUAAUUCCGAAAAAUUUCGAACUUUAAUUUCGAAGAGAAGUUUGAAAUGGCGCAACAUUUUAGAGUUAGGUGCUCUCAAAGUUAGUUACUUCGAUGGUUUAAAAAUCGAAUAGUUGCGAAGAAUAAUUAUAUCGACUAGAUUUGAUCUAAAAUUUUCAUUCGGCUUGAUAAAAAUUAUAAAAAUUAAUUAAGAAAAAUUCAGGUUCAUCUGAACAUCGGUCUCAACAAGAUAAAGGAAACGGAGGACCAAGUCAAAGAACUGCAGAAGAGUUUGCACUUGAAGAGCCAGGAACUCGAGGAGAAGAAAGACGCCGCCCAGCGGAAGCUCAAGGAAAUGCUCGCCGAUCAGCAGAAGGUCCACCUCGAAAGCCAUCUAGAAGUUCCCAUGAUGACUUUUUUAGGCUGAAGAUGAGAAGAAGUUGUCAGAGCAACUGAGAAAGGAGCUUGCCGUUCAACUUACCGAGAUCGCGACCAAGAAAACGGAAGUUCAGAAGGACUUGAGCCAGGUAAAAAAAAAACCUAACUGGGGCAGAAAAUAACGCUUUUGUCAUUAUAGAGGAUAAUAAGUGUGAUGAUUUUCCAUUACCUAGAUCGAAAAAGUCCAUUUAGGAUUUCUGCACCUCAAUAUUUAGAAUAUUAGGCUUAAACUUGGAAAUUUAUACAGCUGAAGUGUGAAAUUUCACUGAUGCUAAAAAAAAAUUGAUUUCAAAAAACAGAAAACGAGGAUUUGUAAACGGUGAGAACCAUUGAAUAGUUGAUUCCUACCAAGAAACGAAAUAGAGUUUUAGAAAUAUCUGAAACAUUUUCGUCCAAGCUAUCGUAGUUUGAAGCCAAAAAAAAUUUACGAAACUGCAAGUUGAAAGUUCUCCACUUUGAAACCCAAAAUACAUCUAUUUUUUUUUUCUGAGUAAAUCUGAAUUUUCAGGUCGAACCAGCCGUCGAGGAAGCUCAGCAAGCCGUGAAAGGCAUCAAAAAGAACCAGCUCGUGGAAGUUCGGUCCAUGGCCAGUCCUCCAGUUAUGGUCAAAUUGGCCCUCGAGGCGAUUUGCAUCCUGCUCGGAGAGAACGUCGGAACCGAUUGGAAGGUCUUUUUAAGGACCUUUUCCGAAGGUUUUCAUCUCUUUCCGUUUUGAGGCGAUCCGCAGUGUGAUGGUGAAGGACGACUUCAUGCCUCGCAUCUUGGCUUUCGACACGGAUAACAUAUCGCCCGACAUCCUGCGCCAGAUGGAGCAGUACAUCAAGAAUCCCGAUUGGGACUUUGACAAAGUAAGAAAGGAGCCAAGCAUAGAAAAUGCAAAAAAAAAACCGUUGAUUGGAAGCAACUAUCGAAGUAACUAGAACAGAUAGAGGUUUUAAAAUACUGAAAAAAAAAAUUUCGAUUUUUGCUGUAUGCAGAAAAAAUAGACAUAGGAGACGACCCUUUUUGAAGUUGAAACAAAAUUUUCAACUUUUCAACUUAUUUCAGGUCAACAGAGCCUCGCAAGCCUGCGGACCCAUGGUCAAAUGGGCCAAGGCGCAACUUCUCUACUCGCAAAUGUUGCAUCGGGUCGAGCCGCUCAGGAACGAGCUGAAGCGAUUGGAACAGGACGCCUCCAAGAAGACCAAGGAGGGAGAAGAAGUGGAACCGAAGACUGGAACGAAUAUUAUGAGGGUUUUUUCAAGGUGAAAGUGCGAAUCGUGCAAUUGGAAGAGUCGAUCGCCGCCUACACGGCCGAAUACGCCCAGCUCAUCGGACAAGCCGAGGACAUCAAGCGCAGUUUGCAGACUGUCCAAGAUAAGGUAUUGAAUGAGAAAGAUGAACUUAAAGUUUGGUGGUUCUUGAAAGAAGAAAAACAUUUUUUUGAAGAUUAGCAAAAUGUGUCUUUUCUCCAAUUUUUUUUGUAAAGUCAACUGCCCAGGAUAAUAUCAAAUGUUGGAAAAAAAAACGAUACGAAGAAUUUUGUAAAUCUCUGAAGACCUGUUGAGACCAUGGCACAAAAAAGCUUCUUCAAUAUUUCGUUGCAUAAAAAAGGGAUUCUUAUCGGAAAAAGCAGGAAGAAAUGAGAAUUUUAGGUGGCUCGAUCGACGCAGCUUCUCUCGUCACUUCGAUCGGAACGCGACCGAUGGUCUGGCGGCUGCGACGGCUUCUCCCAGCAGAUGGAGACGUUGAUCGGCGACGCCUUGCUCUCCUCGGCCUUCCUCGCCUACGCUGGCUACUACGAUCAACAUGUUAGUGGCAUUCGGAGAAAUCUGAAUUCGAAAAGAAACUUAGUUUACAUAGUUUUGACCAAAUUUCUCCCCAGGUCAUUUCGGUGUAAAGUUUGUAAUUUCCUUGGAUAUCUCAAAAUUUCUAUGAAAGUCAAGGAAAAAAUCCCACCGAUGUCCAAUGCAAACUUUUGAAGUGUUUUAAAGACAUUUGCGAAAUUUGGGCGGGUAGAGAUCAUAUAUAUCUUAUUUCAGACCUUCAGGAAGUUUUUGAGCAAGUUUUCAGAAAAUCACGAAUUCAGCAAUUGCUUGGAAAAAAAAACCCCUUUCUUUGCGCCUUAUUUUCAAACUUUAAGCUUCGAGACGCUCUGUUCAUGAAGUGGUACGAUUUCGUCGCCAGCGCCGGCGUCCAUUUCCGCCACGACCUGGCUCGCAUCGAAUAUUUGAGCACCGUCGAUGACCGACUCCAAUGGCAGAAGAACUCUCUUCCUGUACUUUGCACAAAAAGGGUUUCGCAUCAUAAAAUUGAAAUUUUCAGGUCGACGAUCUCUGCACUGAGAACGCGAUAAUGCUUCAACGGUUCAACAGGUUCCCACUGAUCAUCGAUCCGUCCGGUCAGGCCGUCGAGUUUAUCAUGAAGCAGUACGCGUCGAAGAACAUCCAGAAGACGUCCUUCUUGGACGAGUCGUUCCGGUGCGUCCCUUAGGGCAUUUUGGUCGACCAGAAGCUUUAGAAUCUUCAAAAAAAAAUUAUUUUGUAGCUUACUUGACUAUGAACAGGCAUAAGUUUUAGUUGUGGUUUAUUCCAAAAAAAAUAGACGAAAAAGCUAUGAGAAAGCUCUUUUUCUUGAAAAUUUUUUUCUUCUCGGAAGCUGAGAGCCCAACGAAAAGUUUAAAACAAUCAUAACAUAACAAUUCUCCUUCAGAAAGAGCCUGGAAUCAGCGUUGCGGUUCGGUAACUCGCUGCUUGUGCAAGACGUCGAAAGCUACGACCCAAUCUUGAAUCCCGUCCUCAAUCGAGAGGUUCCAUCAAUUUUCCCAGCAAAAAUCCAUCAAUUUAUCAGGUCAAACGAACUGGCGGCCGUGUUCUCAUCACGAUCGGAGACCAGGACAUAGACCUGUCGCCGGCCUUCCAGAUCUUCCUCAUCACUCGAGAUUCUACGGUUUUCACCCUCGAGAAUACAUGUUCAACAGAAAAAUGUUCAGAUUGAAUUCUCGCCGGACAUCUGCUCCCGUGUGACUUUUGUCAACUUCACUGUCACUUCUUCGAGUUUGGCCAGCCAAUGUUUGAACCAAGUCCUCCGAAGCGAGAGGCCUGAUGUCGAUAAGAAGCGCAGUGACCUCCUGAAACUUCAAGUUGGCAACUUGACAAAGGAAAAACUCGAAAAUUCACUACUAGGGCGAAUUCGCGGUCCGACUCCGACAUUUGGAGAAAGCUUUGCUCGCAGCGCUCAACGAAAGCAAAGGAAAGAUUUUGGACGACAACUCCGUCAUUGAGACGCUGGAGAAGCUGAAGACGGAGGCUGCUGAGGUGCGCAUUUGUUGGCUUUGGAAACUUUUUUUUUUGCGGGAACGACAAUUUUUCGAGCGGCUUUAAAAACGAGUGUCUAGACUUGAUCUUUCAUAUAAUCUGGAUGUGUAUCAGAAUAAUUUUUUGAUCAAUUUGGGUGCAUCCUAACAGAUAUCAUCAAGUUCAGGUCGCGAAGAAAUCCGCUGAAACGGACAAGGUCAUGGCUGAAGUCGACGCCGUCUCGGCUCAAUAUCAACGAUUGGCCAUUUCGUGCUCCCAGAUCUACCACACUCUUCAGCAGCUCAAUGAUGUCGAUCAUCAAUUAUCAACCUUGAAUUCCCAAUUUUCGACUUCAGAUCCACUUCCUCUACCACUACUCCCUGGAUUUCCUCGUCAAUAUCUUCACCAGUGUCCUCAAGGCGCCUGAACUCGGCGUAUCUCAGGAUUAUUCGGCUCGUCUGCAGAUGAUCACCGCCAAUCUUUUCCAGGUUCAAAAAAACAUCACAUGUUGAAAUAGCUUUUCUCUUCUCCUUCUCUUCCUCAAACUCAGCGGAAACUUUGAAUUUUGCUUUCAGACGGUGUUCCGACGCGUUUCCGGCGGCAUGCUUCACACGGACAAAGUCCUAUUGGCCUUGCUUCUCAUGAGAAUCCACAUCAGAGCUGUAGGAGGCCAGCCGAGCUACGACCAACACUGGGACUUGCUCCUCGGCAGGAGUGAACUUUUCCCGGCCAAGAAUGGUUCAUUUUGGAUUUUUGGACUUUGACUAGAAAAAUAUAUCGAAGAAAUUUUUUUAACUCUGGUCAUUUUCUUCUCUUGAAAGUUUGAACUUUUUCGAUUUUUCCAUUAUUGUUUUCUGGUAGAUUUGAGAAUUUGAAAUAGAAUAUUAUGUUGAAAUCAUCACAGUCAAGCUUCAAUCUCUCAGACUUUCUUUAGUUUUCAUUCAAAUGAUUCAGACACCUCCUCUAUUCCUUCUGGACUCGACUUCAUCACGCCGCACAGCCAUCACCUGCUGACAAAGGCCCAAAAAGUACCUGGAUUCGAGGACGUCUUCAAGAGAAUUUCCGACAACGCUGCCGCCAUCGCCGCCUGGAUCAACAUGGACAACCCCGAAUCUUCGGUUCCUGUCCUGUGGGAAGACAAGGAGAAGAAAUUGAGUAAGACUUCUGAAAAUCUUCCUCUUAAAAGUUGUACUUUUCCAGCACCGCUCGGACUCGCAUUGAACGAACUUAUCGUGGUCUACUGCCUGAGGUCGGACCGUCUGAUGGCGUCGGCCCAUCGGCUGGUCAACGUCGCCUUCGGAGAGCACUUCAUGCAACAGGACAAAGUCAUCGAUCUGCUGUCGAUCAUCGAAGCCGAGGUGUCUCCUUCGGCUCCGGUCCUUCUCUGCUCGGCGACCGGCUACGACGCUUCCGGAAAGAUUGAAGACUUGGCUGUUGAGACGAACCGUUCCUUGACUGCCAUUGCUAUUGGUUCGGCCGAAGGCUUCAACCAAGCCGAUUCGGUACGGCUUUUUAAUAGAAAGUGAAGCUGAUCCACCUUGUUCCAGGCUCUCACCGCCGCUUCGAAGUCUGGCCGCUGGGUCCUUCUUAAGAACGUUCAUCUGGCGCCGUCCUGGUUGGCUCAACUCGAAAAGAGACUCCACACUUUGAAGCCUCAUGCUCAGUUCCGGCUAUUCAUGACUGCUGAGAUUCAUCCGAAGGUGAAGCUAGAAAAAAAAAUGACAUUUUUGAUGAGGGCACCAAGAAAAAAUAUGUAGUUAUAAAUAAAUUACCUAUCCUAUCUUUCUGAAUGAUUAUACACGUAAACAAGAGUUAGUAACCAAAUGUUUUGGAAACAUCAUAAUUUUUCUUUAUUUCUUUUCUUUCAGCUCCCGGCGUCGGUCCUGCGAGCUUCCCGCAUCGUCGUCUUCGAACCUGCCACUGGACUCAAGGCCAACUUGCUCCGCUCCCUGGCGACGAUUCCUCCGGCUCGUCUGGCCAAAGAUCCCGUCGAAAGAAGUCAACUAUACCUCCUUCUUUGCUGGCUGCACGCUCUUGUUCAAGAACGCCUUCGGUUCUCAAAUUCACUCAAAGUUUCAAUCAAAACGAUAAAAUUCAGAUACACUCCUCUGGGGUGGUCGAAGGCUUACGAGUUUUCGGACGCCGAUUUGCGUGUUGCCUGCGACACUCUCGACGCCGCCGUCAAUGCCGUCGCCCAGGAUCGGAAGAACGUCUCGCCCGACCGGCUGCCCUGGGCCACGCUCCGAACACUCUUCAGCCAGUGCAUCUACGGUGGAAAGAUCGAUAAUCACUUUGAUCAAGUACGUAGAAGAAAUGAAACAUUUGAAAAAGCUCAAAAAGAAUACUUUAAACGAGAGAUCAGUGGAGCCUGAAGAAACUCCAGAGAAAGAUAGACUCUACUAGGUCUCUGGUGUCUCUUCAGACCAUUUCUCGGUUUCGCCAGUUUCAGUCUGACUUCUUAGUCUUGCCUUCGUUGAAAAACUAUUGUGAGAUUGACUUUCCAUGAACAUGACAAAAAGAUAUUAGAAUAAAGUAGUUAGACUAGUUUUUGACAAAAAUUACGUAGAAAAAAAUUCAUUUUUCUUCAUGAAAGUGUAGAUUAAAUUCAAUAGAAGUCCAACCCCGUACUUUAAUCAUCUUUUUACGUUUAUAUUUUAGUCUCUUUUUGGGGCAUACUUGAAAAACGAUGGACGGUACGUUCAAAAUGCGAAUUUUUCAGGUUUUGCUUGAUUGCGUCCUCGAGAACCUCUUCACUGCCACAAGUUUCAAGACCGAUCACGUUCUGAUUUCGAAAUACGAUGGAGAUGCCCCACUCUGCACGCCACAUCUUUCCACCAAGCAGGAAAUUAUCCAAUGGGUCGAGUCGAUCAAGAGUCAGCAGGUGAGCGAAUGAGCUGGACGAGCUUCCAAUAACAUUUGUGAAUUUACAGUUGCCAGCUUGGCUCGGCCUUCCGAACAACGCGGAGAAGGUGCUGCUCACUAGACGCGGUUCGUCAACUUCAGAACCUUCAAAGUUUAUGAGACAGUUCAGGAGAAGCGAUGCUCCGCAACAUGCUCAAAGUCUCCGACGAAGAACUGGCGUUCACCGGUGAGGGCGAGCAGGAAGCAAAGCCUCAGUGGAUGGCUCAGCUGGCUGAACUCGCUAAGCAAUGGCUCCAGCUCCUGCCCAAGGUCCUACCCCAAGAUUGACAAAAAUUCUGGGUGGCUCAAAAUAGUUCUACCAAAAAACGAGCACACCGUUUUAGGAGAUUAUUCAUUGGUCUGCCUUGGAAUGACCUCAUUUAUAGUCAAAUUAUAUUCUUGUAGCGAAACUUUCAGCUUUGGGAAGAACUUCCAUUCUUUAAAAAAAAAUUCCAGUGAAAAGUCUUCACGGUGCUCCAAACUUCCGAGAAUUUACAGGAGAUCACUCGAAUGCGCCGGACCGUCGACAAUAUCAAAGACCCGCUCUUCCGCUUCUUCGAACGCGAAAUUAACCUCGGAGCGCAGUUGCUUAAAGACAUUCGCCACGACUUGGAGGAGAUCUCUGCGGUUUGCCGUGCCGAGCGGAAGCAGAACAACGAGACGCGCGCCUUGGCCGCUAGCCUCCAGAAGGGACAAGUUCCGACGACGUGGCUGAGGUACACGGUCCCCGGAGACGUCACCGUCAUGGACUGGAUCUUGGACCUGAACGAAAGACUCAAGCAGCUCAUUCGCAUCGGAGCCAGCGUUAACUUGAAGGUACUGUUUGGAAAAAGGUUCGAUGAGAGUAUUUUUGGGUGAGAUCAGUCCUCUAAGUAAUCUGCCAAGUAAGUAGCUCAGAAUACCAACAAUAACGAUAAAUGAGCAGAAGAACUUCCUCUUUUUCAGCCCUUGGAAUCAAAUUUUUUGAUUAUUUUUUUCAAAUGGAAAAGCCAUUUUCGAGACAUUUCAGAGAGAAGAAGUCUGGCUGGGUGGAACUUUCUCUCCUGAAGCCUACGUGACUGCGACUCGCCAACAAGUCGCCCAAGCCAACACUUGGUCCCUCGAACAGCUCAAUCUUCACGUUCACAUCGGUAGUACUGAUCGAGCUGACGCCUUCCGAGUUUCUGGUAGUGUUGAAUCAAGUUGGAAACAUUUUAUGCUGCAAACUUCCAGGAAUCGAGAUUCGCGGCGCCAAGUCUUCUGGCGGCAACGCGUUGGAACUUUCGGAAGACGUCAAGAGCCCCUGCGGAUCUGUCGAGUUCAGCUGGAAGAGGGUGAGGACUGUUAUCAGGAAAAAAGAAAGAGACGUAGAAAGUUUUUAAUAAAUUCACUGCAAGGUUCAAUAAGAUAAAUCGGUACCUAUGUGAUUUUCAAGAACCUCCAGAAAAGAUUUCUGAGCAGACUGAACAGACAUUUCGACUUGCUUCUUGUACUCAUCCUGGUUAGAAGCUUGAGAAUAAAAACAUUUUGAAAGAGGUGGGAAGAUCCCGUGCAAAAAUAUACGCCAAGUUGAUGUGCUGAUUAAAAAGAAACAAAAUUGUUAAGUUUCAAUCUUUAGGAAGCCGCGGAAGGCGUCCGCAUGCCGCUCUACCUCUACGGCGACCGACGUCAGCUCAUCUCGCCCCUCGCCUUCCAAAUCGCCUCUUCGACUAUCUUCUACGAACGCGGCGUCGCUCUUGUCGCCAAUGCUUCUCUUUAA